GCCUCGUAUCAGUACAGCGGCGAUCUUCUGACAGUGAACAUCGAAGGCAAGAUGGCUCGUUGGCAUCCCCUCGUGGUUGGUAUGGUGGCGGUGGUGCUGCCGUUCGCCUCGGCGCUGGUCACUUACACAUUCGUCUCGAUGGGCAACGAGGCGCUCGCCGUGGACGAUACCGGCGGCCUCAUAAUCAUGCUGGUUCUGGCCAAGCUGCUUCUCUUGUCUACUCAAGGAAUCUUCCCGGUGGACCUGAACAACGUUUUGUACGACCUGGCGUACCGCUCCCCGCGAGACGCCGACAAUAGGAACUCCCUUUACCAGGUGCCCAAGGUGGAGGGGCUGCCGUGCACGAGGAGGCUGCUCUGUGAGUUGGAGGCCGCGGCGCGGACAAGUGACAACUACCUGCCUAGGACACCGAAGGAACACGAGGGACGAGACCCCAGCGAGGAGGAGGCCCCGGAGGAGGUGGACCCCAUCACCGAGAUGCAGAUCGAGGCCGUGCGUGCGCUGUUCAGGGAGGAGGAUCCGACGGGUGAGCUGUCUCACAGGGGCCGUCGUGCCGUGAAGGUGGUGGAAAAGCUGACCGGCGCCGCUUGUGAAACAACCUACCGCUUAUGUCCCGGCAGGUUCUCGGCGCCUAUGUUGUACCGAGCCAUCUUUGAAGAAAUGAAUGUCAAGGUCCACGACCAUGACCUGUUAGAGAAAUAAAGGACCAAAAAUAACCUGAGUGACAUGACAUGCGGUAUUAUAGGAACCAGGACCAGCGAUGACAGACUGCAGUUAUAAACCACAGCUGAAAUAAGGAAAGGAGAUGACAUGAAUCUGAUGUGACAUAUAUAACAGAACCAGAAAACCACAGCCAUGAGCAGGACCAACGGUUACGUACACCACAACUUUGACAAAGACCAACGAGGUUCAUAUGAACAAGGCUCACAGUGGCCUCGGGAGUACAGUGACACUGAGGAUAUUGGCAAACUCACCCGAACGUGGACCACGGAAUGACAUAACUCUGC